AAUCCAGGCGGGGAGAUGAUGCUGCAGCAGCAGCAGAGUUUGGGACUCUAGAGAGCUUCUCUAACUUUUUUUUUUGUGUUCCCAUUUCUGUUUACUUCUGUUCAUCUCCGACCUUUUUGGACUUUCUGCUUGAAUUGCAGCUCUACGGAAUCAGUCAUGGACCGCUCUACAUCUUUGGAUAUUGAAGCGCUCAAGAUGACCCAGGAGCAAUACAUCCUUGCAGCCCAGCCAAACCCCCUCCACCAGCGAGGAGCUUCAGAAUGCAGUGCCCAAGUUUACCCAGCAGUCGGCAUCUAUGGGUGGAGAAAGAGAUGUUUGUACUUCUUUAUCCUUCUUCUACUUGUCACAAUGAUUGUCAACCUGGCACUCACCAUCUGGAUUCUCAAAGUCAUGAACUUCACUCCGAAUGGUAUGGGAAACCUACGAGUGAACAAAGAAGGAAUCCGUCUGGAGGGGGUGUCCGAAUUCUUGUUGCCCUUAUAUGUCAAAGAGAUCCAGUCACGGAGGGAUAGUCCACUGACUCUUCAGUCAGACAGAAAUGUGACCAUCAAUGCUAGAAAUGAUCAGGGACAACUGACUGGUCAACUCACUGUGGGAUCUGACAUGGUGGAGGCCCAGUGUCAGAGGUUUGAAGUGAAGAGUGCUGAUGGUGAGAGAGUUCUGUUUUCUGCAGAUGAGGAGGAGGUCAGCAUUGGUACUGAGAAACUUAAAGUCACAGGAGACGAAGGAGUAGUGUUUAGCCAUUCUGUUGAGACUUCACACGUACGGGCAGAACCAUUUCAGGAUCUAAAGCUAGAGUCCCCAACUCGGACCCUGACGCUAGAAGCUCCGAGAGGGGUUGAGGUCAGUGCUGGAGUUGGAGACUUCACAGCUUCUUGCAGAAAAGACCUCCUCUUGCAGUCCUCAGAUGGAGAGGUCAGUCUGUAUUUAUAUUUCUUGUUUUGGAUGUAGUGUAAGUAGGGUGAA